UCCGCUACAGCCUCUAGGGUAAAGGAAACGUCACUGGUCUGCGACGAGAGAAGCUGUAAACAUGGCUGCCUACCGUGCAACACGGUGCUUAUUGCGAUGCAAUUCUAGGAUUAGAAACGUCAAUCAAAACUCUCACAUGCUGGCUCUGUACACAAAAAGAAUGUUAUGUAGCACAGCAGCAGGAAAUGGCACGCCGAAUGAAAGAAAACCGCAGUUCCAAGAUGAGGAUGUGCAGGACAUUCUUACUAGAAUCACAGGGAUAGACUUGCACAAGAUAUUUAAAGCCAUAAAACAAGAAGUAAAACCCCCGACAUACAAACUUAUGACCGACGAGCAACUUCGGGAGGCUACUCAGAAGGCCACAGAGGAGGCCAGAAAGCGGCUGAAGAUGCCGCCGGUCCUGCCUGAACGGCAGCCUGUUGACGACAUUCUAGCAGACGACAAGAUCCUGGAAGGCAUGGAUACAGCCAAAUACGUCUUUACUGAUAUCACCUUCAACAUAUCACACAGAGAGCGGUUCAUUGUGAUCCGAGAGCCCACCGGUAUCCUGCGCAAAGCAUCAUGGGAAGAGAGGGACCGAGUGCUGCAGGCCUACUUCCCCAAGCCGGGAAGACGACUCAUCGCUCAGCCCAUCUUUAAUGAGGAGAACCUCAAGGCUGUGUAUCAGCAGGACAGACACAAAGACAUCCUGGAUUUGUGUCUUGUUCAAUUUGAACCCGACUCCUCGCAGUACAUCAAGGUGCACCUGGCGACCUAUGAGGAUAUCGAAAAGCAGGGCAGGUAUGACCUCCUGCGGUCCACCCGACACUUCGGAGGAAUGGUGUGGCACCUGGUCAACUCCAGGAGGAUCGAUGGCCUGCUGAUUGACAUGCUCCAGAGGGAACUGGUGCAAGAUGCAGCGAGCUUGGUGAGCCUGUUCCACAUGGUGCAUCCUCAGAGCGAGUCGGCCACUGAGGCCAGGGAGCAGCAGGCCACAGGCCUGGAUCUGAUCAAGGUGUACGGAGAGAGGGAGUCCCAGCGAGCAGGAUACAUCGAGCUGGCUUUGCAGGCCUAUCGGCAGACCCCGCUGGAGAGCUCUGGUUGACGACCCCCCUUUCCAAACCCCUAAAAUACGCUCCACGCCGCCCGACCCACCAGGGUUCUGGUUCCAUGAAGAGGGUUCGGACUAGUGCCCAUGGUGAAUAUUUGGACAUUUAUGGCUGCACUGUUGGAACUGCUUAGGCUGAACCAAAGCAAAACAAAUAUCUGUCAACAUUUCUACCAUUUCUCAAUCCAAAAAAAGCCUGUUCAGUUAAGUCAUGUAGAAAGCUGUAAUCUUUGGUUAAUUACCUCGUCCGUAUUUGACCGGCCCCACUUAACGGAAUAACGGUUGGACUUUGAAUCUUGCUCGACAUUCUCAGUGUGUGUUGUUUCAUGUAAAUA